CUGUGCAUAUACUCCCAACACCACAUCACCUCCAUAUAUGUGCUCUACUACAUCUAUUUCAUCUGGGGCAUGCUGGGUAACGGCCUGGUGCUGUGGGUGAUCGUGAUGGGGGUCAAACUCCGCAGCAUGACGGACAUUUGUCUGUUCAACCUGUCCCUGGCAGACCUGUUGCUGGUGGGCUCUCUGCCAUUCCUGGCAUACCAGUUGGAGGACCACUGGGUGUUUGGGGAUGGCAUGUGUAAACUAGUGCUUGGUGUGUACUAUGUGGGCUACUACAGUGGCAUUUACUUCAUCACACUGAUGGGAGUGGACCGCUAUCUGGCUAUCGUCCAUGCCGUCUACGCACUCCGAGUCCGUACCCGCACCUACGGCAUCAUCGCCAGUGCUGUGGUGUGGGUCGCCGCCAUCUGUUCGUCAUUCCCAGAGGUGCUGGCAUUGGAGUUGACCUAUGACAACACCACUGACACGUACAUGUGUAUCAGGAACUUCAAUAAGCUUGAAGGACUGUCGAACGUGGCCAUUUUCAAGAUGAAUGUAGUGGGCUUUGUAAUCCCGCUGGCCGUCCUGGUCUUCUGUUACACGCGUAUCCUGCUCGUGCUCUUGCAGGGGCGCACGGCCAAGCGGCAGGCGGUGCGUCUGGUCGUGGUGGUGAUGGUGGCGUUCUUUUGUUGCUGGGCACCCUACAACAUCUCACUGUUUCUAUACGGCCUAAACAACAUGGAACUGUUCGGCAUUGACUGUGAGUCUACCAACAGCCUAAUGUUGAGCUUGCAGGUGACGGAGGUGAUCGCCUACACACACUGCUGCCUGAACCCCGUGCUGUACGUCUUUGUGGGGGUGAAGCUGAGGAGACACCUCUUCAAGCUGCUGAGCAAGAGUGUGUGUGUGAGGUGCGGCUUCCUCAAGGGGUACCUCACUGCGGCCAGUGGAGGAUCAGUGUAUUCACGCACCAGCAAUGCAUCAGAGCGAUCUACAGCCUUAUGA